GUGAUGCAACACAGUUUUAUUUUGCUCAUUUUAUGCCAAGAUGUGGAGUCACUGAGCUGCACUUUGAAACAAGCCAGCUCAUGUGUCGGGUAGCUUGGGGGUUUCACUGUGGGUUUUUAUUUUCCUCUGGGAUUCAUAUUGCAUGGAUAAGAUGGUAUGAUGAUCAGUGAGUUGGGCUUUGUGUCAUGUUGGUGUCACAGCUGGACAAGCCCAGGUCACUGAAUGGUUUUGUUAGAUCGUUUAUAGGGUUGUGUUCUCCUCUUUCCGUGUAGCUAUUCUCUUUGCUUUCCUGGUUUACAUGGGGAUCCUUGCUAUCCUGAUUGCUGGGCGUCUUCUAAUGAAAAUUGAUCCAGUCAGAAACUGGGUUUACAAGAAACUGAAUCCCAGAGCAACUGAUCGUAUGAUUAACUCCGAGCUGGGAUCCCCAAACACAGCAGACUCCAUUAGCUGUGAUCCUGCCCCACCAUCGUGGAGCACAGGCUCUCGGCAGCGGCUGCGUUCCCUUGACACGUUCCGAGGGCUCUCUCUUGUAAUUAUGGUGUUUGUUAACUAUGGAGGAGGAAAAUACUGGUUCUUCAAACAUGAGAGUUGGAAUGGAUUAACAGUGGCAGAUCUGGUGUUUCCGUGGUUUGUGUUCAUCAUGGGAACAUCAAUAGCAUUGGCACUGGGCUCCAUGCUGAGGUGGGGAAGUUCCAAGUGGAAAGUGCUUAGAAAAAUCCUUUGGAGGAGUUUUGUGCUAAUCCUGCUGGGAAUCAUAGUUGUGAAUCCCAAUUACUGCCUUGGACCUUUGUCCUGGGAUAAUCUGCGUAUUCCAGGGGUGCUCCAGAGGCUGGGAUUCACAUACCUGGUGGUUGCUGCUCUUGAACUCCUGUUUACAAGAGCUGAUAGUGGGACCUGGGAAGGACGAUUCCCUGCUCUGCAAGAUAUUCUCCCCUACUGGCCACAGUGGAUUUUUAUUCUGGUGUUAGAAACAAUUUGGCUCUGCCUGACCUUCUUGUUACCAGUGCCAGAUUGUCCUAGGGGCUAUCUUGGGCCUGGGGGCAUUGGGGACUUUGGAAAGUAUCCCAACUGCACUGGAGGAGCAGCUGGUUACAUUGACCGUUUGCUUCUUGGAGAAAAGCAUAUGUAUCAGCAUCCCUCUUCAGGUGUGACUUACCAAUCAACGAUGCCAUAUGAUCCUGAAGGGAUCCUGGGGACCAUAAAUAGCAUUGUUAUGGCAUUUUUGGGACUGCAGGCAGGAAAAAUUACUUUGUUCUACAAAGACCAGCCCAAACAAAUUAUGAGUCGGUUCAUCAUAUGGGGCCUAGUAACAGGAAUUAUUUCUGCUAUCUUGACAAAAUGUUCUAAAGAAGAAGGGUUUAUUCCCAUAAACAAGAACUUAUGGUCAAUAUCAUAUGUGACAACCAUGAGCUGCUUUGCCUUCAUCCUCUUAUUGCUGAUAUAUUACCUUGUGGAUGUCAAGAAAUGGUGGUCAGGUGCUCCAUUUUUAUACCCAGGAAUGAACUCAAUCCUGGUCUACAUUGGACACCAAGUGUUUGCAAACUACUUCCCUUUUAAGUGGAAGAUGCAAGACAGUCAAUCCCAUGCAGAGCAUCUGACUCAAAACCUCACUGCAACAACUCUUUGGGUCAUAAUAUCAUAUAUACUCUACAGGAGAAAGAUAUUCUGGAAAAUCUGAUAGAGGUGGUCAUGGUCUAGCAGGCCUAGAUUCUGAUGAGGCAAGGCAAAUGGAUUAACCUGAAAUAUGGUGGAUUAGCCUGAAAUAUUGCUACUCACACUGUAUUACUAAAAAGGGAUACUAGUUCAAGUUUACAGUGCCAUGGAAGUCAUCAUCAAGACUUUUAUGUGACUUAAGGGACAGUAUUUUCCUAUUUAGCAAAAACUUACUAGUGUAUUACAGUUGCUCUCUGUUUUCUGUCUUUUGUAAAUAUUUUACUGAUUUCCCUCCUUCAUACAGAGAAGCUGAACAUACCCUAACAGUUGUGCAGUCUAAGACACUGAUAGUGAAGGAACUGCAAGGGAUGGGGGUGGUGGCUGCAAGGGGUUAUCAGAAAGGGUAACAGUCCCUGCCUGUGACACAGAACCCCCUAACUCAGGUGCUCUGGGGUUUGUAUGUUCCCUUGGCACCUCUUGUGUGCCUGUCCCCUCUGGCUACUGGCACAUUUAACUUGGCCAGUGACUAUCUGGGAAAGCUCUGGGGCACCUCUGUGUCAGUCUGGUGGUGCUCUCAGGUGAUCAUGCUUCACUGUAUUCUUCCCAUUUCUUUGACCAAACCCUUAGGUUUAGGAUGCUGCUGAAGCCUAAAAUCUCUUCCGUUGGCUUAUUAAUCAGCAGGCUGCUCCUACAGGUUUAGCAGCUCAUCUGUGCAUGUUCUGGGCCUUUGUGUAACACCCCUCUUGCAUGGACAAGGUCUGAUUUCUUGUGCUACACUCCAGGAGUGCAGAAAGGCCAUUUCCUACUGACUUUGUAUAAUCACUUGGAUAUUACCAAAUUUCAAUCAAAACAAUUCUCUUUCUACAUGAAUUUACUUAAGGACACUGAAUCUGAAAACCAGCAAUAUAGGUAUAAUUCUUCUGAGAAGGAAGACCUAACACACCAAUUCAAUGUAAAAUAACAGUUUUUGGAAAUUUAGGAAAUUCACUUGUGCUGUGAUUUCCAAACUACUGCUAAUAAAAAAACUGAAAUACCUUG